CUAAAGUUGUGGCUAGUGUUUCGUGCAAUUAAAUAUCGUUUUCCUAAAGUUCACAGUAUUUGUUGAGUUUCAGUUGCUAUUGUUUAAGACGUUCUCACACCAUGGAAGUAGAGUGUGAUAAAGUUUUGCACCAUGUGCGGCAUUUGCACGAGAAAAUGCAAUGCAAAGAGUUGGAACCAUUUUGUAGGUUAAGGAAUCUAGCUUCAUCUCAAAUGGAUGAAAUCUGUGCGAUUUUGGGGGAGCUGUUGGAAGAUAGUCGCCUUACAGUUGAGAUUGGCCGUCGUUUCAAACACCUUCUAUUAAUAAUUGUGACGAAUGUUUUCGAGAGCGAGAAAAAAUCAGUCACAUUAAAAACGCCAAUGUUAUCGGGCGGUGGGAAAGGCUGGAAGGAGUAUCAACGAAAAUGUAUAGCUCUUUCCAAGUUAAUAGCAUUUUGUCCGGAUGUCUUGAGAUAUUCGAUGCAUUUUUUUCGUCACAACCCGGCACCAUUUGCGCGAGAAAUAGAAGAAAGCGACUACACACCACACCAAAAGCAACGUAAAGAACACCAACGGGAUGAUGUUAGUGAGGAUGCCGAUUUGCAAUUAAUUCGAGCGUGCUACAGAUUUCUAAUGGCCGAUCCAGUUUACUUCCGUGGCACCUGGAAUUGGUCAGUAUGUUUUGAACAGUAUGAAGGCAAAAGUUGUCCACGCGAGCGCUAUUACCUGAAUAGAAUGUUGGCGACGGUGACUGGCAUGACGCAAACGGAGCUCAAUUCACUCGACGAUGGCAUACCGGUUGACAUUAUGCUGGAGGAAGACACAUUGAUGCGUGAUGGAACUGUUGAGGGUGCGUCGGAUGAGCCGAAUUAUGUGUCCGAUGGUACUAAAAUCCAAUGGGAGUAUAAGAGUAACGUCAUAACGAACAUCAGCGAUGUUUGGUUACCAAUUUUCGACAAGGAAAAUGUAACAUUCUACCGAAGCAAGGAGAAGCAAGCCGAACUGACCAACUCUGAAUCGGAGCUGGUGGUCAGUGUUAAUUCUACGAAACUAAACCUUCGUAGUCUCGCUCUCGGCGUAUCAUCCGGCAAAGCGAUCUGUCUGUCGGGUCCGGUUGGCAGUGGAAAGACAUCACUGGUAGAGUAUCUCGCCAAAGCAACAGGUCGUGUACCACCAAAAGGAGACGAUCGACAGAAACGGCUAGCAGUGCGUCAAGAGGAGCGAACGAAAAAGCGGAAGGCAUCCACAAACGGCAGUUCAGAGAAUGGUGUGGGCAAAACUGAAAUCUUCGAUUACGAUCUGGACAAGCUGCGAAAGGGCGCACCGAAAAAUGGUUUCCUGCGCAUACAACUUGGGGAUCAAACGGAUAGCAAAACGCUGCUUGGCCAGUAUCGUUGCACGGACACUCCCGGGGAGUUUGUGUGGCAACCGGGCGUACUGACGCAGGCCGUCAUGUACGGGUACUGGCUACUGUUGGAGGAUCUGGAUUCCGCCACGCAGGAUGUGUGCACCGUGCUGACGAACUUGCUCGAGAACGGAUACCUCAGUGUGCCAGGUUUUCGCGAUUGCCUACGAGUGGCACCGGGAUUUCAGCUGUUUGUCACGCUGCGUACCGGGGCCAAAUCGAGUGCAUCGCAGACCCACAAUAACACCUACAGUUUGCUGGAGAAGUAUCUAUACACGGUCAAUAUAGAGCCGUUGUCGCGUGAUGAGCUGUGCGACAUCAUCUGCAUCCGCUAUCCAAAGCUUCGCACGGUAGCCACACGAAUUGUAGAUAUUUACCUCACUUUUUCCAGCGGGUGCCAUUCGGGUAAGAAUGAACAGAACUUCACAAUCGAGCAGCUGGCCAUAUUGGAAGCACAACCGCAGGAGGAAACCAAAACAUCCGCGACCGAUGACGUAUUGCCUCGGUUCCAGCACGAAGGUAACGAAAAGCUCGACUCGCUCCCAACUUCCGGCUCCAAUAGACGGUUGGUUUCGACACGCGAUCUUAUUAAACUGUGUCGCCGAUCGGAUCCAUCGUUCUCGGUGACCAGCACCGAGUGUGCCUACUUUGUGUUCCAGAACGCCGUCGAUCUGUUCUGCUCCCACAUCCCGCAAGGGCCCAUCAAAACACGACUAGUGGCAGGCAUCGGCGCAAAGAUCGGCAUCUUACCGAGUCGUUGCGAACAUUUGUGCGAAGAAUACAAACCCGCCGUGGAGGUGGCAGUCGCGAGCGAAAUUCGGGUUGGACGCGUCGUUUUGAAACGUUCCCUGCCACAAGAGGAGAACGAUGAAAACGCAACCGAUCAACUGGAGCACGAGCUGCUCAACAAACGGCAGAAACUCGAUCGCAACGCCUCUUCCCGGGUGAAGACGGCACAACAUCGUGCCGGAUACUCCGAACCAGCACCAACCUUUUCCUUCACCCGUCCGGCGGCUUGCUUGCUGGAACGGAUCGCUGUGGCUGUGUCGCAAAAUGAACCAAUAUUGCUGGUCGGAGAAACGGGCGUGGGAAAAACAAGCUCGGUGCAGUAUCUUGCCUACCAGACGCACCACAAGCUGGUGGUGGUCAACAUGAACAACCAGUCGGAUGUAUCGGAUCUGAUCGGGGGCUACAAACCGGUCGACCUGGCGUUCGUCAUUACCCCGCUACGGUACGAGUUCGAGCGUUUGUUUAGAAGAACUUUCAACGCGCAAAAGAACGAAAAGUUUCUGGGCAAUGUUGCCAGUUGCUAUGGUAGCGGAGAAUACGACCUACUGGUGAAGUUGAUGUUGAAAAUUUCGGAAAAAGUGUCACUGAAAAACCCGGUUGCUGACGAUCAACAACAAGGAGAUGAUAAAGACGAAGCUCUCGUAAGAGAAAAAUGGAUUGCACUGCAACAUAAGUUGCGCAAAUUGGACGCCCAGUUGAAAAAUUCCAUCAACGUAUCGUUUGCGUUCAUACCCGGAUCGCUGGUGAAUUGCAUUCGCAAUGGCGAUUGGGUGCUGCUGGACGAGAUCAAUCUCGCUUCGACGGAAACGCUUGAGUGUCUAUCAACCAUCCUCGAACCCGAUGGUUCGAUCGUCCUGCUGGAGCGUGGUGAUUUUGUGCCAAUCAAACGGCAUCCCAAUUUUCGCAUCUUUGCCUGUAUGAAUCCCAGCACGGACGUGGGUAAGAAGGACUUGCCCGUCGGUAUACGGAACCGGUUCACGGAGUACUUCGUCGAUGAGCUGUUGGCCGAGAACGACUUGCUUAUUCUGGUGAACGACUAUCUGUCGUCGACGGGCAUCCAGAAGGCACGCAUUAUGAACACGGUAAAACUGUAUCGCCGACUGCGUGCCAUGGCGAACCUCGACCUGAACGAUGGGCUUGGAAAUCGACCGGUGUUCUCGCUGCGAACACUCUGUAGAGCGUUGUCCAUCUGUGGGAAGAAUCUGUGCGGUUCGAUUGAGCGCAAUCUGUACGAAGCGUUCUGCAUAAGCUUUCUGACGCAGUUGGAUCUGAAAUCGCACGCCAAGGUGUUGACGUUAAUCCAGAACUCGCUACUGUCAAAGGAUGGCAGUGGGGCGGUGGUGAAGAAUCUAGCACCGAUUCCGAAACCGAUAACAAACGCGGACAGGCAGCUCAAUUUCGAAGGAUAUUGGAUCGAGCAGGGUCAACGGGAGGUACAGGAGUGUGAGAGUUACAUCCUAACGGAGAGUGUGCGUAACAAUUUGCGUGAUCUGGCCCGGAUUGCGUCGAUCGGUCGGUUGCCAGUGCUCCUGCAGGGCCCAACAUCGGCCGGUAAGACUAGUUUGAUCGAGUACAUUGCGAAAAGGAGCGGAAAUGUGUGUCUACGAAUCAACAACCACGAGCACACCGACCUGCAAGAGUACAUCGGUACGUACGUGGCCGAUGUGACCGGUAAGCUCACAUUCAAGGAGGGUGUCCUGGUGGAAGCGAUGCGAAACGGUCACUGGAUCAUUCUGGAUGAGCUGAAUCUGGCGCCGAGCGACAUUCUCGAGGCUCUUAACCGGGUGUUGGACGACAAUCGUGAACUGUUCAUUCCGGAGACACAAGUGGUCGUGAAGGCGCACCGGAAUUUCAUGCUGUUCGCUACACAAAAUCCACCCGGAGUGUACGGUGGGCGGAAGAUGCUUUCGCGUGCGUUCAAAAAUCGCUUUAUCGAGCUACACUUUUCCGACAUUCCUCGGACGGAGCUCGAGGUGAUUCUGGAGCGUCGUUGCCAAAUUCCCCGUUCGUACGCCGUCAAGAUGGUGAAGGUGAUGAGCGAAUUGCAGUUGAAUCGGCGAAGCACCGCAACCAAGCAGAAUUUUACUCUGCGUGAUCUGUUCCGCUGGGGAAACCGAUACACAUACGCCGACCCAACGCUACUGGAGGACACGAGCUGCGACUGGAAUCAACAUCUGAUCGACGAGGGCUACCUGGUGCUGUCGUCGAAAGUGCGCAACGCGUACGAAACGGAAAUCAUAAGGGACGCGCUAUUUACCCACUUCCGUAAGCGAGUCGAAGAGGAGUGUCUAUUCAGUCUGACCGAGAGCACCUCGAAGGUGACCCGUUCGAUCUUGGAGCGCGUAAUGGCGGUGAAGAUAGGCGGUAUGGACGACACGGAACAGCGUCGACGGGGCGCGGAAGGUAUCGUGUGGACGUUCGAUAUGCGACGGAUGGCUGUACUGACGGCGAAGGCACUCCAAUUCAACGAACCCGUGCUGCUGGUCGGACCGACCGGCUGUGGAAAGACGACCGUCUGUCAGCUUUUGGCUGCGCUCGAAGGCAAAAGCUUGCGGAUCCUUAACUGCCACAUGCACACCGAAGGGGCCGACUUUCUCGGUGGUCUCCGGCCAUUCCGUUCGCCAUCGUCUUCGGAUGACGUUGUAAAUGGCGAGCGUAAAAAUCAACUAUUUGAGUGGUCCGACGGACCGCUGGUACUUUCGAUGCAAGAAGGAGGAUUUUUCCUGGCGGACGAAAUUUCCCUUGCCGAAGAUUCCGUGCUGGAACGACUGAAUUGCGUGCUGGAACCGGAACGAACGCUUCUGUUGGCCGAGAAGGGGGGCCUCAGUGCAAGCAGUGGAACGGACGGCAACACGCUAAUCGACGAGGGCUUCGUAAUAACUGCUACCGAAGGGUUCCAGUUCCUUGCCACCAUGAACCCAGGUGGUGACUUCGGCAAGAAGGAACUUUCACCCGCUCUGCGCAACCGGCUGACGGAGGUUUGGUGUCGUGCAACGGACUCGGAAGAGGAUCUGGUGCGCAUCGCCGAAAACACACUGCGGAGAAACGUAUCCGAGACGGGAUUGGACCUUCCCCUUGCAACCGAUCUGUCGAUGGUCGAGGUGGCGCGAGUGAUUGUGAAAGAGGUGCAGCUGUUGAAACGCUCGAUAGAGAAGCUAAACUUCAGUAUUCGCGAUGUGCUGGCGUGGGUUGGGUUUGUGGCUACGAACGCCCCAAAGGUAGGCCUUCCCGAAGCUCUUAUCUACGGGUUGGAGACAGUUUUCUUGGACGCGCUGGAGAUGCUCCCAUACGAAACGUACGAAGAAGUCGUCGCUAUACGGCGACAUAUGAGACGGGGCUUGAUGGAACUCAUGAAGCAGCGGCUGCAAUGGAACGGAGAAAUAAGCAACGUCGACUAUGAUCAGCAGCAACAGCAGCAAGGUGCUACAAUCGAGAUGGCGGAAGAUCGUUUCGGAAUCUUUCCAUUUUACAUUCAGUUGGAUCCCGCCGUUGAAAGUAACGGUCGGCAAGAAACGGGCUUUAUGUUCUCGGCACCCACGACGCAGAGGAAUCUGUUCCGUCUCCUAUCGGCGCUGAGUCUCGAAAAAGCAAUCCUUCUCGAGGGUCCUCCGGGUGUCGGAAAGACAUCGCUGGUGGAAAGUCUGGCCCGCGCCAUCGGAUAUGAUAUCGUGCGGAUAAAUCUUUGCGAGCACACGGAUCUGGCCGAUCUCUUCGGUACGGAUCUUCCCGCGGACGAUCGGUCUUUGGAGCUUUCGAGCGGUGACGACUAUUGUGAACAGGAGGAGGAUGGUCGGAAACAAACUGGACGGACCCAGCCGACGUUGGGAUCAUUCGUGUGGCGCGAUGGUCCACUGCUCGCGGCCCUUAAAGCGCAGCGUAAUACGUGGAUCCUGCUCGACGAACUGAACCUCGCACCGCAGAGUGUCCUCGAGGGCUUGAACGCUAUCCUUGAUCAUCGUGGCGAGGUGUACAUUGCCGAGUUGAACAAAACCUUCCGCUUGGGGCGUAAGACACGAAUCUUUGCCGCCCAGAAUCCGCUACGGCAGGGUGGAGGUCGCAAGGGGUUGCCCCAGUCGUUCCUGAAUCGAUUCACGAAGGUUUACUUGAGGAAGUUGGAACGACGCGAUUUGCUGCAUGUUGUGGAAGGGAAGUAUAAGCCACAGUUCGAUGCUCUCGGAGAGCAGCUGACGAAUGGAGCCGGCGAGGAGGGGACCGAAAGGAGCUAUUUCGAGGCGGAGACACUUAACGGAACAAAUGUUCGAUUGGAUCUGGCAGAAAAGAUGGUUCUGUUCUCGGAACGGCUUGAAGCGGGACUUUCCAAUCUGGAGUUCGGCUACAAGGGUGGCCCAUUCGAAGCGAACCUGCGAGACAUCCUUCGGUGGUGUGAGUUGUUCUUUAGUGAACGGUGUGGUUUCAUCGUACGACGCGGCACGACCGUUGCCGAAGAAGAAAAGACCCGUCUAUUGGAGGUGCUGUUCGAGAAGAUGAAGCUUGUCUACUAUCAACGGAUGCGGGCCGACCUGGAUAAACGGUACAUUGUGAACGUAUUCUCCGAAGUGUUCCACUGCGAUGGGUACGAGCUGGAUCAGCUCUCCCAGGAUAUCGGACUCUACUGGACGGAUGAGAAGCUUUACCUCGGCGAUGUCGUCCUUCAAAAGGGAGCCGAUAGUAGCUCGCUUGACGACGACAACAAUUUCGCUUCGAUUCCGAUCAAGCAAAGCCACCAGUCGGGAAGGGCUGGUGGUGGUGAACCAACACUAGUGCUUGCGAGUCAGUUGGAACUGCUUAAAAAUGUCACCGAGUGCGUGCAGCUGGAGAAACCCAUCAUUCUUUGCGGUCCGAGCGAUUGCGGUAAAACGAAGGUGAUCAACCUGCACGCCACGCUGGCCGAUACGUUCUGCCAGGCGGAAACAAUCGAUGAUUCGGUGACCGGGAGCUUCCAGCAGUUUGAUUUCAAUCGUCACUUGGAGGAGAUGAGUUGCUUGGUCGAAACCGUCUUACGCCAGACACUGAAGCGUUCGAUUUUGCGCCAUCAAGGAGUACCGAAGGGUGGAAAGGCGCUGGCGCUGCUGGAGUGUUGGGAGAAGUACGAGAAUUUGAGUCAAGGAUCAGCCGCUUUUACGACCAAUACCUACAACAAUUUGCAGUCGGAUGAGAUGGCGUUGUUCCGGAAGCGGCUUGGUGCUCUCCAGAAUGUGAUAAAUGUUCUUCGGCAACGAACGCACCAGCGGGCCAAUGAAAAGCCUCCGAUCUGUGACGAUAGAAAACAACUAACCAGUAUGUUCCGUGUUCUCGACAAACUGGACUAUCUAUCCAGGCAGGUGCAAACGUUGAACACCGGUGGUCACUUUGAGUGGGUUGAUUCGAAGGUGGUCAAGUGUCUCCGCACCGGGCAGCACAUUUGUCUCGAGCAUGUAAACCUUUGCUCGUCGGCCGUGCUCGAUCGUUUGAAUCCCGUGUUCGAACCGAACGGAACGCUGCUGAUUUCGGAAAAGGGAGCCGUGGGGGAAGGUACGGAUGGUGUAGACGAUGGUGGACCAGAAUCGGAGGUGGUACGACGGCAUCGGAACUUCCAAGCCUUCUUGACGCUCGAUCCGAAGCACGGUGAGAUUUCACGUGCAAUGCGGAACCGCUGUGUGGAGCUUGCCUUUGCAGGUCGCGAUGGGUACGAGGACGAUGACUUGAGGCGACUGGUGUUCGCCGGUGGCAUCCAAGAACCUUACCUAAUCGACGCGUGCCUUACCGUGCACAAGGAAUUGCGGCGUGGAGCUAGCGAGUCGCAGUACGAUCAGUUCAGCCCGUUCGGGGUGGCACACUUGGUUCGCUUUGCGCAGCUGGUCGCCCAAAACAGGCAGAAGCAAGGGGCUCGGCGUGAUGUCGAUUGCCUGAAGCUGAGUGCGAUCGAUGUGUACGUUCGCUCUUCGAAUGUCGAUUUGCUUGGGUACGGUCUCGAGUACUACCGGAACACAUUGAAGGAAACGAUCGACAGAGUGCUCGCGGCGGUUGUUGUUCGGAAAAGUACAGUGCGGUUUGAAAAUAUGACCCUGCAUGCGACGGAGCUGACAAAGCUGACCCGUAUCAAGCUUCAGGCCGAGCCGUUCCUUGCGCUAUUGCGUGGCUUUAAGGAAGGACUCGAUAGCGAGCAGGUUCUGGCGGAUAUCUCAAACGAUUUUCUAACCAACGGUGUUACCGUCACCAAGCGAUCAUUGAAGCAUUUGCUGUACUUCCUUUAUGAAAUCAGCACGGAGGAGGAUGCAGCCAUGCGUGUGGCGUACCUUCGCAAAGCCAUCGGUGAAGCAGCUGGUAUGAAGUCUGAGGCACAACCGAAGGAACCGACUGAAAUUAAUGGAAAGGCGAUUGUUGUAGAUGUCGAUGGAACUGAUGGAUAUGCAGGUGGCCGUCCAUGGGAACGGGUCACCCCAAAGAAGAUGAAAAUGAACAAGGACGAAACGGAAAAAGCUGUUGAAGUGUUCAAACUCGAGUCCGCCGAGGUGUGUUCAGAAGAGAUCAAUAUUGACGAUGUACUGAAUGACGUAUCGGAGCUAAAUGAGAGUCUUUGCGACAUCAUUUAUCAAAUGAACUCCGCUGAGCUGGGUGAUCUUCCCUGGAACCGAUUGUUAUUCCCCAAAAUCCGAGAUUACCUCAACGACGAGCCGGUCGUCGAUUGCCGUACAGUGAGCAGUCGACUUCUGUUCAACACCAUUCUCCUUCCCGUGCGCGUCGAUUCGGUUACGAAGCUCAGCCAGAUUGAUCUACUUUCCUACUCGAAGGCAGUGAAAGAGAAGCUGAUAAACGACGGGCUCGAAAAUGGCCUCCUCCUUAUGUUGCACCAGUUUCUUACCGGUUACCGUACGAUGGUGGAAAAGGCGCUCGAGGGUUUAGCAAUGACGGACGAGCUUUACGUACGCCUAAUCCUGUCCAACUUGUGGCUGAAUCGGUUGACUCAACUUUCCCACCGUAAACUGUACGUCAACAAGGAGGUACAGUUCGGUCUGUUGGACAACCUGACGCUCCACUUCCAGUGGGUCGAAAAGCAUUGCCUAAGCUUGCUGAAUAACGGAGGAAACGUACGUGAGGCACUGCGGCAACACAUCACCGAGCUAACGCAUCCUCUCAUGGCGCUCCGGAAGGGCUACGGAAAGGCUUUCCUAGAAUACUUGCCACUGUACAGCGCCCGACAGGUGGAAGAGUUUGUGAAGCUAGGCAAGCUUGACGACCAGCUUCGAUUGAUGCCAAAGCUGAGUAAGCGUCACUCUUACGAAGAGUUUCUACUGCGGGUUGCACUUUUACAUAAUGCCCAGACAAUCGACCUCAAGCGUGCGCUGCUCGUGAACUUGGCGAAACGAUGGGAGCUUCGUUCGAACGCGGAAGAGACGGAAAUCGAUGGGGAUGAAGAACAAAAUGGUGCGAAAACGAAUCGACUUCGGGCAUUCAAUCGAUUUGUAUCGUCUCAAACCGUAUCCGUCGAAAAAGGUGCGAAUGACGAGGAGAUGAUCAACACAAUCGAAGCAAUCGGAACUUUCGAUAGUAUGCUCAAAGCCAUCUUGGAUAGUGCUAUCCAAGAGGAGUCCCUUUCUACUGGCAAUAAGUUCGAUUUGGAAUGUUACCCGGUAUUGGAAUACUAUCUUCACAAGAUGCUACUUGCGGCCAGAGCUAGAAAGUCUGCGGAUCAAAUAAAUAUGGAUUUUGUGCAAAACAUCCGUACACUCGGAAUCGGUUGUUUGAGCGUCAUCAAAAUGAACACCACGGAAAGGCAUAGCGUGGCGGAGGAAGCUCUCACCGCAUUGCAUGCCAUGAUGGAGCAGGCGGAAUCGUUAGAUGAAUUGCUUCCCACAUUGCCCCCGCAGCUGUAUCGAGCGUUAACAACCUACUGGCAUCAGUACUGUAGUGCUCUGGAGCGGUACGAGCUGGAAUCGUUGGCUGUGCAGAGACACGUUUGUCACGGAGUGGAAACGGCCUCACUGUACGCGACCCACCACAACAAUGACGAUCCCAAUGCGGAAGGGUACGUUAGCACCAGCUACCGUGGUGCGCUUCUCACAGCGAACUGCUUGGCAGUGUUGGUUGGACGGACGCCGGAUGCGUGUGGGUUCCGUGUCACGGGACUAGGAGAGCUACCGGAAUGGCGUCGCACGCUACGGAAAAUCGGUACGCUUCUUUGGAGUAACUCGCGUGCCCUAUCGGAGGAGUAUCAGGCGGAACGGACGAGCCUUCAGGUGGCCACUGAUGCUGCUUCCAAGCUGCUUAGGGAAAUCGAAUGCAUCAGGAAUGUUACGGCAAAGGUGCAGGAUGACAUGGGCACAACACAUCCCUUCGUCAAUGACUUCCUCGUGCUCGUAAAUAUGCUUCGCCAGUGUAGGGAGGAAAGCGUAGCUAUGGAAGAUCGCGAUCACGUAUGGAGGAUGGCUUCCACCAUGCGUGCUCUUACCGGAAUUUUGGAGUUGAAUUUGACCGUUUUUCUGCCCCUGCUCGAUCCGGUCGAAAAGAAUCGCCUAAAGAAAGGUUACCUCGAGGAGGACAUUGGUCUGCUGGAGACGUUGCUCUGCACGUACGACUGCAUGGCGGUAACGAUGCACUAUCGUCAGCUCGGUGAACAUAAUCGACGCCUGUUCCACGCGGAGAUCGAUCGGUUGAAGGCAAAGCGGCAACAGCUUACCCGCAAGGUUGCACUCCGCCCGGCGGAUGGUAAUCUUUACUCGGAACUAACUCGGGAUGUCAACAAUUUUCUCGUUUCCUGCUGCCAUCCGGCAACGAUCGGCACGCUGCUGAAAUCGAUCGCCCAAUGUUUGGACUACAAGAUAGAUAUGCGCAGUGUGGCAAACAAUCGGAGUCAUACGCAAUCGUUCCUGCAGAAGGUGUCCGAGCUGGUGUCACAAAUCGAUCUGUGGAUGGACAUUGCGCAGCAGUUUGAGCACCACACGCUGAAGCGAUACGACGCGUACUUCCGGGACUUCUUGGCACCGUUGUGCAACUCGAUCGUCACGCUGCGAUACGGGCUGAACGGACUGCGUCAUUGUUUGCGAGCGCGAAAAGCCACGAUCGAGCAGAAAACCGAUGGAGGACUAUUCGUUGAUCUGAAUGAAAAUCAUGCGCUGAGAAAGAUCGCCGCCAAGUUCGUGCAAUUCCCGUGCGUGAAACCUUUGGAGCUGUUCGAUGAUGGUCAACGGCACAGGGUGAACAUUUACUCGGUGAUGGAACGGUUGCCCCAACCGGAGCAGAGCUACUUCCGUCUGUUGAAGGCUCGCCUGCAGGAGGUGGUCAACAAAAUCACCGUGGAGCGUACGCUUCGGCCGCAUUCGUUCGCCGAGCUGGAUCGCAUCGUGAACGUGUGCAAUCAGGUAUGGCAAAAGCAGGAGCACUCGCGUCGCAAACGGCAAGCGGAGCAGGACAGUCUCUACCUAACGAAAUCGCACUGCGAGGAGGAGGAUGAGGAUGUGGUAGCGGAGCGGGAAGUCAGCGAAAUGUUCCCGAACUAUGUGGACGAAGAUUUUGCCGAGUUCAUUCAGAACGACACGCUGGAGCAGGUAAUCAAGGCUCCGAAAAAGAAUGAAAAGUCCCCGACCGCGCCGGAUACCAUCGGCGAUGAGGAUUAUAAGCUGAUUUGCGAGCGCUUUAUCGAGCUGAUGGCCAGACAUUCCCGGUCUUAUUAUUAUCAUCCGGAGGUGAACUUCAACGCCGCCAGCAGUGGUGAUGCCGUUCGUACACCGAUGGACUUUGUUGGGCCGUUUGAAACGAAGCUAUCGAUUUUUGGUCAAAUCGUUCACAAGUACGAAGUCGCCAUGGGAAGCGAAAUCGACGAGGUAGGCUAUGGUGCCUUAAGUUUGGCGAUAGGGUUACUACGUGAACGGUACGCCGGUGAUCAGACGACGGACGGUCGAAUUGAGCAGAGAGCGAAAGGAGCAGGCCAUGCAGCAUCGGGGGCAAGCUAUGACUUUUACAACGACCCGAACAUUCCGGAAGUUUUGCAGUGUGUCGAGGUGCUGAAGAAAAUCGAAGUGCGCAUUCGCGGAUUGCUGGAGGAAUGGCCCGACCAUGCCGUACUGAAAGACAUUAUGUUGAUCAUAGAGCGCAUCCAUGCGCUGCCCUCGACGGCACCGAUCGUGCGGUUCAGUACCGGUUUGCAGCUUCUCCGCCAGAAGCUGGACGCAUGGAACGCCCUUGCCCAUCGGGGUAACAAUCUACGUGAGCUGGAACGUGACGUUGUUGAGUAUGUGCACCGUUGGAUGCGCAUGGAGCUGCAGUACUGGCGGGAGUGUAUGUCCCGCACGUUGGAACGCGUGCGUUCGAAAGCGUACCGCUAUUGGUUCUUUUUGUAUAACCUUGUGCACGAGUACUUGCAGCAUGGUGCGACACGCAACGGGCGGUUGAGUACGCUGCUCGACUACAACAAGGUGGAGAAGUGUUACGGCGAGCAGGAAAUUCUCGAUGAAGAAGAGCCCGAUGGUAGCGAAGAACCCGCGGUAACGAUUGACGACAUCGUAAAGGUGUUGAAGCAGUUCAUGGAGUCCUCCAACUACGCAGAAUACGGCACACGGCUGCGGGUGAUGAAGUCGUUUGAACAGUACCUGUCCCAGCUACCCCCGGGAGAGCAAGACGACACCAAACGCAACACACUAAUUGCUGCCCUGUACAACCUUCACAUGUAUUUCGAUCAGUUCGCGGUGGAAAUUGACGAGCACAUCCGCACGAAGCGCGUACCGGUCGAGAAGAAGCUGAAGGAUCUGGUAAAGAUUGAAUCCUUCAACAAGGACCUCUCAUACUUUAGCAUGCGCAACAAUAUUGCCCGCGUGCACCGCCAGUUGCACAAGUUCCUGAAGGAGUUCGAGACGGAAAUUGUGGCCCGCGUAUCGCCGGUAUUUUCACCCAAGGAUGCGUCCCGCGAGAUCAACGAUGCGGACGAGCAGAAGGUGAAGGUGCUCCGAUCGGAGGCGAAGGUCACGUACUACAUGGUGGAGGUGAAAAAUUUCAUGGCCCAGAGGAAGCUGAAGGACCGAUUUUCUCUCGCUCCGAUCUCGAACGAUGCGCGUUGUGAGACCGGUGCCGCCACGGCCUCCGUACAGCUUUUCCAGAAGAUUGAACGUUUCUUCAUGACGGCCCGGAACGUGUGCAGGGAAGCGAUCCUGCACGCACCCUUCCCGGGGUUGGUGUACAGUCUGGACAGCCUGAUGCACGAGCAGAUCGAGUCGAUCGAGUAUCUGCGUGCGUUGGAGGUGGAUCGUUCCCAGGCACGGCCGAAACAAAAGUCACAAGCGAAGCACAUCCUAAACCAAAAGCGGAAGGCUUUGGCCGACUUUUACAAGACGUUGACGAUGCUCGGACUAAGCUAUCGGGGCGGGUUGAUCGAGUCGAAAAUAGGUGGAGCCGACCCGGUCGAUGUCACUAUCAAACCGUUCAGCUUGGAGCUGCUAACGCACGCUUCCAAGUAUCGUAAGGUCGAUCAGCAUAUUGUGUUUUUGAACGAUAAACUCAACCAGUACUACGCCAAGUGUGUGUUCAAGAUCAAGCUGCUCGGGAAGGUGAUGCUCCAACCGAAUGAGGAUAUUGCCGGCGUGAUUAACGUGGAUCGAAUCAAGGGAUUCUCCACAGACAUGUUUCUGUUGGUGCAGAACCAACGGAUGGCACUCGCUGACAUGGUAGUGAACGUGUCGCAGCUGCGCGAGUUGAUUGCAAACCUUCACCAAUUGAACGGCUGUCUCGAGGAGCAAAAAACCGAGGCGGAAGAUCUGCGGCUGCAGGAGCACCGUCGGCGGAUGGAAGUGGUAAUCCGCAGCGCCCUGGACGCUCGUUUGGUGUUGGAACAGUUCCAUCUACUGAUAGCUUGUGCACCGCAUCAGUCCAACGAGGAGUUGCACAUGUUUGAGGGUGGUUCCGGUGCGGGUCGGGGUUGUUACUCUCGCAAUUCGGUGGAAUUUGACCGAAUCUCCAAACUUACCCAAGUGGCUUUGCGUCAAACGCAAGAUCUAAACGAUGAGCUUGGAAAGUAUAUCGAUGAUGCAUAUUAUUCCCACGAUCGUGUGGCUGCAUUCGAGGGAAAACUCGUCGGUCUCAAAUCGCAACUUGUAUCACUGAAGGAUGAGUUCCAGCUAGAAUUUGGCGAGAAAACAACGGAGGAACGUGUGUCUGUUUACGCACAGUCGAUCGUGGAACUCUUGAAUCGUUUCGAGCGAUACGGUGGUGAAGAAAUCGAACAACCUGAUGAGCAAUCCCCGGUGGAAGCCAGUUACGACGAGGAAAGUGUGAAUAAUGAGAUAGAAAACAUUAUCCACUCGCUGCUGAUCGCAAUGCAGACGAUCUACAAAAAGUACUCUGAAAAGGAACCGCCUGUCAAGGCGGAGGACGAUAAGAAAGACCAACAAAGCGAUGCGAAUGAUGAGGACGAGGAAGCGAACGAAUCGAGCGUGGAUCUUCAGGAGCAUCAUUUGAAGGAGAAAAUCAAUGAAAGUCUGCAGCACGAUCUAAACACACUGAACAUACCGAAGGUGGUAAGCAAACUGAAUGGGAUGAUGGCUCAGCUGAACGAAACAACACCCGCCACGGAGAAGGGACUGCGGGUGCGCGUGCUGAUAGGAAAGCUUACCCGACUCGUACCAAUGCUGGAACAGUACAAUCUGCUCGUGGAGUACUAUCUCAUCCAGCUGCUGGGAGCGCACAAAAUCUGCACCAAAAUGCUUUCGGUGAUGCUGACGGUGUUUAUCGAACUGGCGACCAAGGGAUUCUGUGUGCCAAAGGAUUUGCUGGGCGAAGAGUCGAAGGAUCAGGAUGAGGGGCAGGAAGACAACCAGGGCACGGGUGAAAAGUUUGGCUUCGAGGAUGGUGAAGGUGAUAAGGACAUGUCCAAUAAAAUCGAGAGCGAAGAUCAGCUGGAAGAUGCUCGGAAACCGGGCGAAAAGGACAAUGAUAAGCAGGACGAGGAGAAGGACAACAAGGAGGAGAAGGGUAUCGAUAUGAGCGAGGAUUUUGAGUCGAAGCUGCAGGAUUUGGAAAAACCGGAAGGGUCCGAUUCGGAGGAAGAGGAGGACAAGGAAGAGGAAGAAAUCGACAAGCAGAUGGGCGAAACGGAGGAAGGUGCGGAAAAGCUGGAUGAACAAAUCUGGGGCGACGACGAAGAGCAACCGGAGGAGGAGGAGAAUGAUAACAGCAUGGAAGAGGAGGACGGUACGGGUUCGAACGAUAAAGACGAACGGCAUAACGAUCUGAAUUCGUCCGAAAAGAACAAGCAGCAGUCGGGCGAGGAAAACCCGGAGGAGGCCGGAAUGGAUGCAAUCGAUCAGACGACAGACGAGAAGAAGAAGGAAAAACCGAAGGAUAUCAAUGACAUGGAGAACAAUAAUGGCGAGGAAGAGGAGGAACAGGAAAACCCGCAUCACAACGAGCUGGAGGAACCACCGAAGCCGGAGGAUUGGGAGAUGGAUGAAGCUUUCAAUCUGGAUGGUGAUAACAAUGAUAAGCAGCAGGAUGACGAGCGGGAGGAACAGAAUCCGUUCGAUAUCGAUACCAUGAAGGAAAAAGGGGAAGGUGAAGAUGAUCAGCAGGAAGGGGAAGAGGAAAAGGAAGAUGAGGAUAAGGAAGAGGAGGGCAAGAAUGAGGGAGCUGAAAAUGGUUCCGAUUCCAGCGACGAGGAGGAAGAUCCAUCCAAUCCGGAUGGUACGGAGGAGAAGCUUGCCGAUGAACCGGAGCCGGAGGAAGAUCCAAACAAGGACAAUGAGCCACAGCAGCAGAUCCCCGGCGAGGAGCAGAAAAAGGAAGAGGACGAGCAGCAGAAAGAGGACGAGCAACAGCGGAAGGACGGCGAAAAGGACGAUCAUCGGGAGGCGAAGGAUAAGCGCACGGAGGAAGAUCGCGUCGAAGCGAUGCCGGAUGCGGAGAACAAAGGUACUAGUGAUCAGGUGGCAAACGAUAAGCCGGAAGCAAAACAGGAGAAUGAAAUGGACGAGCAAGAUACCGGCGAGGACAAGGACGGUACGGGGCAGGCUGAAAACGAACAAUCUGAGGCCGGUCAUCGGGGUAUUGCCGAAUCGAAGGAAACUCGAACGCGCAAGGACGAACACCAGGAGCGCCAGCAGCAGCAGAAACAGCAGCGCCGGAAGCAGGGCAAUACCGAUGAGGAUCGUUCGCUGGGUAACCCGGAUCAGGCCGAAAAGAAGCGCCUCAAAACGGUCGAUAAGUUGAACCGUGAUGAACGCAAGGACGAGGACGAAAAACACACGGAGGACAAAGAAGAGGAGGAGCGCGUGGAUGAAGAGUACCAGCAUGUGAAGGAUGCAAAGGACGCCGAUAAGACGACGAUGGACAAUGCGACCGAGGAACAGUCGAAGCAGGUGCAGCAUCAGGAGAAGCAGAAGGAUGACGCCGGCGAGGACAAAGAUGCACCGGAGGAUGAAGAGUGUGCAGAUAAGCUAAUGGAAGAAGAAGACACGCCCCAGGAGAAUGUGGAAGAACGGGAACUGUUGGAAAGUGAGAAAAACGAAAGUAAAAAGGACAAACCGGCAAAGCAAGAUGAGAGUGCCAUCAAGGAGAGGAUGGAAACGGUGGAAAAUGCGGAAGUGGAGGGUGACAUAAUUCCCACGGCGACGGUAGCACGGGGUGAUGAAACCGUGGCACAUACAAUCUUCGAAAUCCUUCACGAUGUAACUAUGCCGGACGAACCGACGGCCACGGAUGAGUUGGACAUGCGCAAGAUGGUAGAAUCGGAAAUGCAACAGUCGAUCGUGGCAGCUGGCAGUGGAUCAGCGGACCACGAAGCGUUCGAGCAGUGGCAGGAAAUUUCGCACAAAAUGCUCCCGAGUGCCCGUGAUCUUUGCGAGCAGCUUCGAUUGAUUCUCGAACCGACCAAGUGCACCCGACUGAAAGGCGACUACCGCACCGGGCGGCGGAUAAAUAUGAAGAAGAUUAUCCCAUACAUUGCCUCGCAGUUCCGCAAGGAUAAGAUCUGGCUGCGUCGCACGAAGGCCGCACAGCGCGAUUACAGAAUAUCGAUUGCAAUCGACGAUUCCAAGUCGAUGGAUCAUAAUAAUUCGAAGAAUCUUACGCUGCAGGCGAUAUCGCUCGUUUCACAGGCGCUGACAUUGCUCGAGAGCGGCCGCUUGAAUAUAAUGUCCUUUGGGGAAAAGCCAAAGAUUCUGCUCAAACACUCCGACCAGUUCGACGGACCGAAGCUAAUCAGUACGCUUAACUUCGCACAGAACCAGAGCCGUAUUGCGGAGCUGUUGAAUUUCGUGCGUACGUUCAGCACGGAGGAUGCCUCUUCGGCGGAUAAUGGAAUCUUCGAGCAUCUGCUGCUAGUGUUGAGCGACGGGCGCAACAUCCACAGCGAGGGUGAACGGAAUGUAAAGAAUGCCGUCAAACUGGCCCGAUUGCAGCGCAUAUUCAUCGUGUACAUCAUAAUCGACAAUCCUGACAACAAGCACUCGAUUAUGGAUGUUCGCAUACCGCUCUUCACGUCCGAUCGCAGUCAGGUAGUGAUGCAGUCAUACCUUGAUGUGUUCCCCUUCCCUUACUAUGUGAUCGUAAGGGAUUUAGCCCAACUGCCCUUGGUAUUGAGUGAUGCCAUGAGGCAAUGGUUCGAGUUGGUGAACAGCGAACAGUAACUAGAAACAUGAUAAAACUAAUAGGUGAAAGGUACAAACAUGAAUUUAAAGGGGAACAUGAAUGUUGAGGGUAGAACAGAGAAAAAUAUCUAAUUUAGCAUUAAGUUAUGCUAUGUAUAAAUGCCAGAAAUAUAUACUAAAUGUGUU